UUCUCAAUAACAAUUGACUGCUUACUUUGCAGUCCCUUCGGUAAAGCUUCUUAUAGAUCAAGAGGAAACAUUUCAUCUGUAGUCUGAUUCUGAUUGAUAGAAAACAAUGGUGGGCAAAACUGCAACUCAGACGCUCCGUGUCGGCUAUGCACAUCUUCCCCCGUUCGUGAACGUUAACGAGACCGAUGGAAAACUAGAUCUGGGAGGUUUUAUGCCAGAUAUUCUUUUUACUGUUGCCAAAUGGAUGAACUUCGAAAUGGAAUUCUAUAGAGAGCCAUCAGAUAAAUAUGGCGACUUUGAGAAUAACACCUGGGAUGGAAUGAUAGGAAUGCUUUUCAAAAAUGAAGUAGAUCUUGUUCUGAAUCCUGUUCUACCAAGAUACGAAGUCUUGGAUUUUUCAUACUUUUCCAAUCCAAUAACGAUCGAGGCCUACACUAUCCUCUCGGGGAACGAAAAAGAGGAAGCAGGAUUAUUUCUUUAUUUCAAUGUCCUGGACAAAUGCGUGUGGAUUGGCAUUUUGAUCGCUCUUGUAGUGGUCUCCUUAAUAUCUACUUUUUUAUAUAGAAAAUCAGUUCAUUUAGCUGAGUUCAGUUGGUCUCAAACGUUUAGUCAAUAUAUUUGGCUCUUCUUAUCAUAUACGUUACGACAAAGUUCAAAAGAGAGUUUGCUGUUAAGGGAAAGAUCAUCUAGACUUUCAAUUUACCUUUCUGUCCUGGCAAAGCUUUGGGCUAUAGGAAUUGGAUUUGUUAUUAUGAAUACGUUUCAAAGUCUUCUUGUAUCUAAACUUACCUUAAGGAAGUCGAUGCCUUUAGUCGAUACGAUGGCGGAUUUGGUGAGAAGGAAGACAGUUCUAGGUGUCGCACCUAGUAAUAUACAGCUCUCUCAUAUCCUUGAGCAUUCAGGUGUAGAAGCUUACGAGAAAGCAUGGGAAAACAUAAAGCAUAAUCUGAGACCACCUGAAAUUGCACUUAGUACUGAAUCUCUGCUUGAAGUGGAAAGUGGAAAGAUUUGCCUUUUUCAUGGCCACUUAAUUAUAAAGCAUCUACUUAAAGACUUUUAUAGGGAGAAAACUAAGUGUGAUUUCCAUCUUUCGGAUAAAUACUUUUUCCCUUUCUCCUUACCAAUGAUUCUUAGCAAGAAAUUCUCCUAUUCAUUUUAUGAAAGAUUCAAUGCUGGGAUAACCCGACUUGUGGAUGCUGAUAUAGCCGGAAGGACUUUCAAGUAUGAUCUCCGAGAAGCUACUCUAUGCACGAACUACUUCGAAAAUGAGCUAAAGCCCCUCGGAUUAGAAAAUAUAUAUGGAGUUCUGUUAUUAUGGGGAGCAGGAUUGUUAACAGCAACAGUUGUUCUCACCUGUGAAGUAAUCCAUGGGAAUCACAAUCUAAUCAUUAAAUGACUUCUGUGGUUAAAACAGUACUUGGUUUAAAAAUACCUGCCACUUAUAAACAGCGUCUCCUGUUAGUUGUUUUAAAACCUGAAAAGAAGAAUUCAUUGUGGCGCUUCGGACAAACAUAUUUAUGGACAAGUGAUGACGAUAGUUCUAUCUCUAAAUGAGAUACAUUACCAUUUCAUUAGCGCAGUUUUAAUUUGUUAUGUUAUCAUUCUGUACAUGAACGUCUAAGGCCUAUAAACAGGGAAUUAUUCUUAAAACUUUGGCAAGAACUCAUUGUAAAACCUCAAACAAACAUAUAAUUAUUAUCAAAUGAUGACCAUAGUUCUGUCCCAGAGAAUGGUACAACAUCAUUUCAUUAAUGUAGUGUUAAUUUGUUAUGAUAUUAUUCUAUAGAAGAAUAAAGUAGGAUUAUAUGAAAUUAACGGGAAGAAAGAGACGAAACUGAAAUGAGUAAUCAGUUACUGUUUUUUUUAUCAAUAGACAUCUCUUUAAGAAUGUGC